GAGUCGACGCCUCACGGGACCGCGCCCCACCGCGGCGACGAGCGGGAACGCCCGACGCGGGCCACCAUCCGAUACCACCGCCGGUACCGUCGCCGUCGUGGUUCCACCGAGCGGCCGUCGACACCGCCGUCGCACCACCGCAGUAUCACGUCUAACGUCGCUCGCACUGCACAUCAUUACACAACGUCACUGUCCCCUCACGUUACAAUAAGUAAUUCAUAUAAAUCAUCAUAAUAUAUCGUACCGGACCCGCCGCUUUUAUGCACUCACUUAAACGACGAUAAUUCUCGACGCGAAUCCGCCGAUAGCUAUUUAUUAUAAUCAAAGUAUACACAUAUUUUAGUUUUCUCGUCUAUUCGCGUGCACUCGUCAUCGGUAUAUAUAAUAUUAACACCAACACAAUGGUCAUCAUGUCGUGACGAGAUCACGGUCCACCGUUGCCGAUCUGCAUCAGGUGACAUGAGACACGGUGCCGGUGCAGCAGUCACAGAAGCCGCGAUGCUCGUGCCACAGGACAUGCUGUCGACCCAAACUAAGAUGUCCUACCAGCUGGGCAAGUUUUGGGCGGAACGGGUGAUGACCCGGAAGACGGCAGCGGCGAAGACAAUCCGGGAGGUGUGCAAGGUGGUCCAGGACGUGCUCCGGGAGGUGGAGGCCCAAGAGCCGCGGUUCAUAUCAUCGCUAGUCGAGUGCAACGGCCGGUACGAAGGCCUGGACGUGGUAUCACCCACCGAAUUCGAGAUCGUGCUCUACCUGAACCAAAUGGGCGUGCUUAACUUCGUCGACGACGGGUCGCUGCCCGGGUGCGCGGUGCUCAAACUAAGCGACGGCCGCAAGCGGAGCAUGAGCCUGUGGGUCGAGUUUAUUACGGCGUCCGGAUACCUGUCGGCCCGCAAGAUCCGGUCCCGGUUCCAGACGCUGGUGGCGCAGGCGUGCGACAAGUGCGCGUAUCGGGACUCGGUUAAGAUGAUCGCCGACACCAGCGAAGUGAAGCUGCGGAUCCGCGAGCGGUACGUGGUACAGAUCACGCCGUCGUUCAAGUGCGCGGGCAUAUGGCCCAGAUCAUCCGCACACUGGCCACUUCCGCAAAUCCCGUGGCCGCAUCCCAACCUGGUAGCCGAAGUCAAGACCGAAGGGUUCGACCUGUUGUCUAAGGAGUGCGUGACGCUGCACGGCAAGCAGUCGGCGCUAGAGGGCGACGCGUGGGUCAUGUCGUUCGUGGACGUCGAGAACCGGCUCAUGUACGGCGGCUGUCGGAAGCGGUGCUUAAGCGUGCUCAAGACGCUCAGGGACCGGCACCUGGACCUGCCCGGCAACCCGGUCACCAAUUACCACAUCAAGACUUUGCUGCUGUACGAGUGCGAGAAACAUCCGAUGGAAAUGGAAUGGGAUGAACUGUGUCUGGGUGACCGCAUCAACGGCAUAUUGCUGCAGCUCAUUUCGUGCCUUCAGUGCCGGCGGUGCCCGCACUACUUCCUGCCGCACGUCGACCUGUUCAAAGGCAAGGCACCGGGAAGCUUGGAGAAUGCGGCCAAGCAGACGUGGAGGCUGACUAGAGAGUUGCUCACUAAUUCCAGGGCUUUCGACAAACUGUGAUCCCGCGUAAAUGAUAUAUUAUUAAAAUAGGUACAAACGGCGCAACUCUGCUCUUAUUAUAUACGACACAUGCACCGUAACCGCGUCGUCGUCUUCGUUAUAUAAUAACUCCGCCGUCAUCGCCAUCGCGGUCGAGGUUUUUAUUACGUUUUGUUAUAUAUACAUCUUUCUAUAUUAUAUUUUUGAUAUUAUUUAUUAAAUUUUUUGCUCUGUCCUUACGCCUCGCGUUCCUCCGCCGCGGAGAGACAACCGCCAACCGAACAGUGUUUGGUAUAUAUUAUUAUAUUACUGUUUUGUUAUUAUUAUUAUUAUACUGCGCGUAACGCAUACAUCACGAUAAUAUAUAACAACUAUAUAAUAUCCCCAUAUACUUGUUAAUUUAGUAUGCGUUUACGCAAACGCCAUAUAAUUUAUCACUAAAGAUAUUCGAUAUGAUUUCGUUUUUUUAUGUUUUGUUUAUUUUUUUAUUUUUAAAUUGUUUUUAAAUAUUAUAUUGUAUACAACAACACUAUUGUCCGGCUCGGCAAACGGAAUCAUUUAUAUCAUUUUUUAUUACUCGACGCGUCAUGAUUAUCGCCGAUCGUAUAUAGGUAUAUAUGUAUACAUGAAUGGCGUUUCAUUGAGUUUACAGUAGUUCGUACACAAGUUUAUCGAUAGUUGGUAUACACAGGUAUGCAUGUUUGUUUACUUAUUCUCAAUAAUAUACUUAUAUUAUAUAAUAUAUAGGUACAAUAUGUGUUCAAUUAUAUUUUAUACCGAAAUUAUUAAUUGUAAGUAUUAAGUAAAUCGCAUAAUAAUUAUAUUAUAAUGCAUGUAUACGAGUAGCUAUAUAAAGUGGUCUCAACGAUCAAAAUCUGUACUUUUUUGAGGUUUAAUUUUUAUAAUUUAAGAACAUUUCAUGAAUACCUAUAACCAUGUGUUCAUAAUUUUAUAUAUUUUUUUGUGACAUAAUUAACGUUUAAAUAGUCAGUGAAAAUAACGUGCUUAUAUUUAUAAAUAUACCAGGUGUUUAAUAAAUUUAGAAACUAUUAAUUAUUGUAUGCAUACUUUAAUACAUUCAUGAAGCAAUAAUAGAUAACACUGAUGUAAACUUACAAUGUAAAAUAUUUAAUAACCUCGUUUAUUAUAUCAUACACAUAUAUAAUGGUUCAUCAAUCCUAAUCAGUUAAAUGACCUAAUCAAACUUAUUGAACACUCUGUAUAUUUUUUGAUUUAACAAGAGUUUUAUUUUUUUAAACAUUUAUUAUUAAAACAUAAUUUUUUACCAAUAAAAUGUGUAUCUUUUACUCAUUAUACGUAAUUACCACUAAUCUUAUACUAUAAUUCUUUUUCCAAAAACUAUUAGGAUAUAAACGAUCGUAAAUGCAAACAUAUUUUAAUGACAGUAAUCGACUAAUUAUACAAUUCGACAUAAUAUAUACUUACCAUUAAGCAUAUUUGAUUUUUAAAACCCACGGCAAGCUAUUAUUACUGAAUAUACUAAAUACAGUAGAUUAACACUGCUGUUAGAUAUUAGUUUUCUUUUUAUGACUAAAUAUAAUAUAAUAUACAUAUUGUACCACAUAUAAAUUGUGUGAUAUUCACCGUCUACAUAAAACCAAGAAUCCGCUUUUUUUAUUAUACUGUUUUACGAUACAAUAUAAUAUGAAUAAUAUUACAAAUAAAACCAUCAUAUGUAAUCCUAAAAAUAUCCUAAUAUAACAUUAACACUUUAUAAGUUUUUAUUUUGAGUAUACACGAUUUACAUAAUUAUAAUUACGAUAAUAUAAUAAAGACUAAUAAAAACUUAACGAAAAUAAUAUGUCCUCUAGUCAAAUAAAUGAAUAAAAAAGUUAAAUUAAGUACCUAAAUAGAAAAUAAUAUAAUAUAUUAUUUAUUAUUAUUCAAAUAAUAAUGAUAAGUAGGUAUCGUUGGAAAAUAGAGCUAACGUUAAGAAUUGUUUAUGUACGAAAUAAUGAUAAUGAAUUAAUAUUAUAUGUACUAUAUUAUUGAUAUACUUUUAUGAUAAAAAUAUAAACAUAUCAAAAACAAA